UAUUUGGAGCACAUCUCGAUUGUAUACAGUUAAGUUUGUGUUAUUUUUGCGUGUCCUCUUUAAUUCUGUGUAUUUAAAGUUUUAUCCGAAAUUAACACGAUGGAAAUCGGUUAUUUGCAAGAGGUUAAAGCGGUCAUUAAAUCAUUGGUAUUGUCAUACCCGGGCGAUAUUACUGUUGAUGCCUUAAAUCGAGAUUAUCGCAGCACUGAAGGUAUUCAAAUACCACACAGAAAACUCGGCUUCCAAACGUUGGAAGAGUUCCUACGGUCAAUACCAGAUACUAUUACUGUGUUCGGUAGCGGGUCGACUGCCAUUGUUGGUAAUGUACGUAAUCAAAAAAGUGAUCACAUUCACCAAAUGGUAUGCCAGCAGAAAAAAGCCAGGACGCGCCCAAAGGCAAAGCCACCACGUCUACGAGGUACCUACUCUGACUUCUCUAACAGACCACAACCUGCGGGACAAAAAGUACACCCAGUUUCUAAACGAAUUAGCAGUGACAAUCUUCCUACAAGCAAUAUUCGCUUCAGUUAUUCUAUGAAUCGAAGUACCCCUAGAUAUUCGGUAAUCAAAUGUCAAGAACUAGAAUUACCAGCGAAGUAUGCCGUUAAAAAACAAAUAGUUGAUAAAGAGCCAAUUGUUAUAUCCGAAAAAUCAAAUAAAUCAACUCGGGAAAAAAUUAUACAGCCAAAAUCCAGUGAUAACGAAAAAUAUGACUCGCAGAAAAUUGCGCACGAUACUAUUUUGCAAAAACUUGUGGAUGUUUGCAAAAUAGAUGAUAAGGAAACUAAUCAAAAAGCAAUAAAAAAAACUAUCUGGAAAAAAGAAGAUGCUUAUCCUGCAAUUCAUUUUCAACAAAAAGUGAAUACAAAACAUUUCAGUAGUAUGGAAACAAACGCUAGUUGCAUUUUAAAUGUACCUAAUGCAUUCGUUUUAAACAAUUCUUCUUAUGAGAAUAAGAGAAUCGAUGAUAUUGAUGAGGCAGUACCUGCCUACGCCGCUGACAACUUAGUUUAUCGAAUGGAUUUCCCAGAAAGUACAGUGACCUUUGGUAUAAAGAUACCAUCCUAUAAAUUACCAGAAAAAUAUAGACCGGGCGAUGUCAUUGGACUAUUUAUUUCAGAGAUUCACAGUCCCUACAAGUUUUGGUUCCAUAUUUACAAAGAACACAAUGAAUUGGAUACAUUAAUGCUUCAAAUUGAACACUUUUAUACGUCUCUUGAACCCAGGAGUUUUUGUGUUCCACGAGUUUGUAUAUGCCCAGGCCAGGUAUGCGCGGCGUUGUAUAAAAAUCUAUGGCACCGUGCUGAAAUCUUAUCUCCCGUUAUAGAAAAUAAAGCUAAGGUUCUAUUCGUAGAUUAUGGUACAGUUUCUGAAGUAUCUGUAGAUGACAUAAAGUUCCUGUUGACGUCCUUUGCUAAAUUACCACAGCAAGCAAUACGUGGCUCAUUAUCUUAUAUAUGUCCAAAAAAUCUUCACUGGUGCCAAGAAUCUAUUCAUGCGUUUUUAGAAAUGACAUUUGAAUUAAUGCUUUAUGGAAAAAUAUCAGAAAUUCACGAGAAAAAACGUACAAUUUACAUGGUGUUAUGCGAUACUAAUAAAGAACAGGUGGUGCAAAUCAACAAGCAACUGGUGGAUAAAGGAUUUGCCCUCUAUGAUGAGGAAUGGUUGAAAUCUGAAAAGGGUGAACAAAGAUUUCAUCAUCUACGAGAAGAUUUUCCAACGUUCUCUAUGCUGGAAGCGGGCGAAUAUCCUUCGUUUGCUGAAUUAAUUGAUCUUCAAAAUAAAGGUAUUGAUUAUGAGUUGAUCAUAGAUCACCAUAUGUUUCAUCCUGGAAGAAUGGAUCUUUUGGAAAACGUACCCGAUGUUAUUCGUAAACUCCCUUUUCAAUUGCUAACAACAAAUCCUUUCCGUUGGGAUAUUUAUUUACAGCUGCAACAUUUGAUAUAAAAUUUCUUCAAAACGAUGUAAAUGUUUAUUAAAAACUUAUUAUAAAAUGGGAGUUCGGUUUAUUUAUUAAUGAAUAUAGUUUUUCCCUGUAACACUACGAAAAGUAAACCAGGCAACGAAUUCCACUGUACACAUAUACAGUGGACAUAACUCAGCAGAGUCCCUGUUAAUUUACUCACUUUUAUUAGUAACACAUCUUUCAGUUGACAACGAAUAUAUGUACAAAAGUAGGUAGGAAAUGUGUGUUGGUAAUUUGUAAUCAUUUUUAAACUUCAAGUCUUCACAAACUUGCUAUUACAAAUGUGAACGGUAAUUUUACUUUCGGGAGUUGGUAACAAAUAGUU